AUGGUGAACACCAGGUCCGGAUCAGGAGUUGAUCAGCCAGCAGUGCAGCGUCAGAGAAGAGGCAACAACCAGCAACCCAACAACAUGAGUGGAGACAACAACCAGAACAACGGGCCACCGCCACCACCACCAGCAGGGAUGGAGCAGUUCCUUGCUGCGCAGACACAGCUGUUGACUCAAAUGGCCAACGCCAUGGCCAAUCUACAAGCUCAAGCGAACCAAGCUCCAGUACCACAGCCGCCACAGAGGGAUCGCCACCGUGACUUCAUGAGUCAUAGACCUCCUACUUUCUCCCACUCACCAGAUCCUCUUCACACCAAUGACUGGCUCAAGACCAUUGAGAAGAUGCUAAAUAUAGUUCAGUGUACAGACAGGGAGAAGGUACUGUAUGCUUCAGGCAGAUUGGAAGGAACUGUAGCAGACUGGUGGGAUGCUUAUACCGCCGCCCAUGUUGAUCAAAACACCAUCACCUGGGAUGAGUUCAGGACUCAAUUCAGGGAGCACCACAUACCUGAGGGUUUGAUGAAGCUGAAGAGGCAGGAAUUUCUAGCUCUGAAGCAAGGUGGAAUGUCUGUAAGUGAGUAUCGGGACAAGUUCAUCCAGCUGUCCCGCUAUGCCUCCGCAGACGUGGCCACGGAUGGGCAGAAGCAGGACUACUUCAGGCUAGGGCUGCUUGCACCCAUCAGAUAUCAGUUGUUGGUGCACAGGAUUGAUAGCUUUCAGAAAUUGGUGGAUAAUGCCAUCGCUGUGGAGAAUGCUCGCAAGGAGAUGGGCGAGCAGAAGCGGAAGUUUGAGUCACAAGGCCAGUCCAGCAAUUCGCACCCGCGCUUUGGACCCCCGCAAGGUAACCAGUACCGCACAGGAGGACAAAAUGUCAAUUUUGGGCAGAAUCAGUAUCAGUACCAGCGUCCAGCUCAGCAGUACCAGCAGAAUCAGCACUCAGCUCAACGCGCCACUCCCCAGCAGAAUCGUCAGAACACUCCAGCCGGUACCCCUGUGAGAAACAACAAUCCCGCACCUUCUGGAGGCAAUGCUUGCUUCAAGUGCGGUCAGCUUGGACACUUCGCUCACGCUUGUCCCAACAGGAAUACCCAGGGUAACCCAGGCCAAUCCAGCAACAGUGGGCAGAGACAGACCCCUCAACAACAACGGCCACAGCAGCAGCAGCAGCCGAGGAACAACAACCAAACUCCCCAGGGCAACCGAGGACAACAGAAUUAUGUUCAAGGGAGGGUGAACCAUGUUGCUGCGGAGACCGCCCAGGAGGCCCAGGAAGUUGUAUACGUUAGCUCACCCGGGGGAAAUAUGAAGGCCAUGUACCAGUGUCUUGGUGUCGGAUUCCAGAUCAUGGGUAGAGAAUUCCGUGCCAACUUCGUAGUAUUGGAUACUAGAGGAAUCGAUAUCAUUCUUGGAAUGGGAUGGUUGAGCAAGGUUGACGCAGUGAUUCAGUGUGCCAAGAGAUCAGUGCUCCUCACUAGCCCAGAAGAUGAGAGGUUUGAGUUUGCCGCAACCCCUCCAACAUCAGCAGAUUGUACGGUGAAUCGGAUGAAGGCUGCUCUGAUAGAGGACAUCAGGAUAGCAUGCGAGUACUCAGAUGUUUUCCCCGAUGACUUGCCAGGUAUGCCACCUGAACGUGACAUUGAGUUCAUUAUAGAUCUUUUACCUGGCACUGCACCUAUUGCUAAGAGACCAUAUAGAAUGUCCGCUGGUGAACUAGAAGAACUUAAGAAACAAUUAAAGGAAUUGUUAGAUAAGAAAUUUAUUUGA